AUGAACGGCGAUGCACAUACACUGGCGGCAAGACUUCUGCGGGUUUGCUGGAGGAGUGGUCGGAACGUGCGUGCCGCGAACAUUGAUGGUGGGGCCGGUAGGCGAAAGGUGUAUCGACGUUACGUCGGCUGCGUCGACUGCGUCGGUUCUGCGUGGUUCUGCGUCUGCGAUAUGGUGCUGCGUAACUCGGGAGGGACAGCAGAAGAGCAAUGA